GCAACACUGCGAAAAUGCCGCCGAAACACGAAACUCAGGCUCUUCAUGGCUCUUCCUUUUCCACCGUCGCCGAUUCGUCGUCUUCCGCUUCCAUGGAUCCCCUCUUCCACAUUGUCCGGAUCCUCCCCUUUAGCUUCCUCCGCCCGCCUCGCCUCCGCCUCAAGCUUCCAUCUUUCACCCUCCCAUCUCCGAUGACCGUCUUUGCGCUAGUCCUCCUCACCUACUUCAUGGUCGUCUCUGGCAUCGUCUACGACGUCAUCGUCGAGCCCCCCGGCAUCGGGUCCACCCAGGAUCCAUACACAGGCUCCGUACGACCCGUUGUUUUCAUGUCCGGACGCGUCAACGGCCAGUACAUCAUCGAAGGACUCUCCUCUGGCUUCAUGUUCGUUCUCGGUGGGAUCGGAAUUGUCCUAUUGGAUCUUGCUUUGGAUCGCAACCGCGCGAAAAGUGUCAAGGUCUCAUACGCCUCUGCCGGCGUCUUCUCCGUCCUGCUUGCUUAUGUGAUGAGUAUGCUUUUCAUUCGUAUCAAGAUCCCGGCUUAUCUUAGAUGAAUUUUGUUCAAUUUCGUAUUAGAUAGCUGGGUUUGAGCAAUGAGUCUCCAGUUGCAGACAUUCAUAGAUUU